CUUCCCUACUAUAGUAACGGGAACAAGGACUUCAUUGGCGUAACGCAUUCGUUCUUUAACACUACAGCACGUUGUCUGGGAAGUAGAGAGGCUCGUAUAAAACUACUUUCGACGGUUUCCAAACACCCGAGUAUGGACCGAUUGAUGGGGGCGCUAGACCAGUGGCUGUGGAGGCAUGAGUAUUGGCUGCCCCCUGGCAUAACCUGGGAGGACAUGCAAGGCCAGGAGGGAGCCUGGUACCCUCGACCCCGCGACCUUCUCGUGUCCUUGCCCAUGGCCCUGGGCUUCAUCGCGCUCCGAUGCGUCUUUGAGAGGUUUGUAGCCCUCCCCCUGGGCAGGAGACUGGGUGUGUGUAGCCGGACAUGGGUCCCCGUCAGACCUGUGCCACCCCUGGAGGCCUUCUACACACAGCAGAACCACCAGCCCUCCCAGAACGAGAUCCUCCGCCUGACCAAGCAAUGUGACCUCACCCAGAGACAGGUAUUGACCUGGUUCCGUCGCCGUAGAAACCUGGACAGGCCCAACUACACCAGGAAGUUCUGUGAGGCUUGUUGGAGGUUUGCCUUCUACAUGCUGGCGUUCUCGGCUGGGCUGGCUGUCAUGAUCGAUGCACCCUGGUUCUGGGAUCAGAGGGAAUGCUGGAAUGGGUACCCGCUGCAGACGAUAUCCGAGGCUCAUUACUGGUAUUACAUGACAGAGCUGGCCUUCUACUGGUCCCUUCUCCUCUGCGUCUCUGUGGACAUCAAACGCAAGGAUUUUAAGGAGCAGAUCGUCCACCACAUCGCCACCAUCUCCCUGCUGGGCUUCUCCUACUGCUCCAACUACGUGCGCGUCGGCACCCUGGUGAUGCUCGUCCACGACACCUCCGACUUCCUGCUGGAGUCGGCGAAGAUGUUCAACUACGCCAAAUGGAGGAAGACCUGCGACAGCCUGUUUUUCAUCUUCACCCUCGUCUUCCUCGUUACUCGUCUCCUGGUGUUCCCCAGCAAGGUGAUCUACACCACCCUGGUCCUGUCCAUGGAGGUCUUCACCCCGUUCUUCGGGUACUACUUCUUCAACGCACUGCUGCUGGUGCUGCAGGCCCUGCACGUGUUCUGGGCCUGGCUCAUCCUGCGCAUGGUCUACAAGUUCAUGUUCAAAGGCAUGAUCGAACGAGAUGAACGCAGCGAUGUGGAGAGCGGAGAUGACGAUGACGGAAAUGAUGAAGAGGAAGAGGAAGAGGAGUGGGGUCGGGAAAAGAGGAAAGACAGCCUCAGCGAGAGCCUGGAUGUGUUCACCCAGCUGACCAGCCAGAGGAGCAGCCCGAGCAACAGAAUGCCCAAUUCCAGAUAG